AUCUCAUCUCUUAAAAGAGAAAAAUUAUAAUCUCAAGCUAUAAUUUGGAUGACAACAACUAAAUUAUUCAAUUUUUAAUAGAAAUUUCCCGCGAGGGAAGCUCGGAUCAAAACAAGGCGCUUUCUUUUUCUCUCCCCGCAACUUCCCCCAAAAUCAUUUGUGUGAACUUCUCUCUCUCACCCCCCAGUCUCUCUAAAACUUGUGUGUCAAUGGAAGCAGCAAUGGGAUUGAUGAGAAGAAUACCUCCAAAGCAUACAGAAACUGCUCUAUCCGCACUCCUUACUCUAUUGCCUCAACACUCUUCAGAUCUCCUUUCUCAAGUUGAUCAGCCUCUUCAGGUCUUAAGCGAUAUGGAGUCGGGCAAAGAGUUCAUCCUCUGUGAGUAUAAUAGAGAUGCCGACUCAUAUAGGUCUCCUUGGUCAAACAAGUAUCAUCCACCAUUAGAAGAUGCGCCUCAACCUUCUCCAGAGUUGAGGAAACUUGAGGUUGAAGCAAAUGAAGUCUUUGCUAUCUAUCGUGACCAGUACUACGAAGGUGGCAUCUCAUCAGUUUAUAUGUGGGAAGAUGAAAAUGAAGGUUUUAUUGCUUGCUUUUUAAUAAAGAAAGAUGGCUCCAGGACUGGACAUGGUAGAAGGGGGUAUCUCCAGGAAGGAGCCUGGGAUGCCAUACAUGUUAUUGAGGUGGGACCGGAAGAGGAAGGUAUUGUCCACUACUGCCUGACUAGUACAGUGAUGCUGACCUUGACUACAGACAAUGAGUCGUCAGGCUCGUUCAAUUUGUCUGGUUCAAUUAGAAGACAGAUGAGCAUGAAGCUCUCUGUCUCAGAGGGUCAUCUGUGUAACAUGGGCAAGAUGAUUGAAGAGAUGGAGGGUAAGCUGAGAAACUCCUUGGAUCAGGUAUAUUUUGGGAAGACAAAUGAAAUGGUUUGUACUCUGAGGCCCCCCACUGAACUGGUGCAAAUGAAAUUGCCUGACUCCUGAGAUUCUUUUACUGUUGGGUGUUUUUGUAAACCUUGGUUUGCUUCAUGUCAAAGGGUAGUGGUUGUGGUUGAACAGUAUUCAUUAAAUUGAUAACUGAUUGUAUCAUAUCACAUUUGAGUCUUUACAGGGCGCCUGAAUGUCCUAGUUCUAGACCGUCUGAAACUGUUUUCUCACUUUCUUUAACAUUCAAAUCUAUUUCUUCAAGGACAUAUUUUGGAUCUAAAUGAAAUACCUGAUUAUAUUA